AUGGAACGUCUUUCUGACACGGGCAUCUCGAUUCUGGUUGUCGGCGCCGGAAUCGCUGGUCUAGCUUUCGCCAUCGAGUCUCAUCGCCAGGGACAUAGCGUCAAGGUUCUGGAGAAGCGUAUAGACCCGGGAGACUAUGGUGAAAUCUUCUUCAUCCAGUCGCCCGGACUGCACACCCCUUCGAAAUGGCCCGGGUUCAUGGAGAGGUUGAACAAGAGCGCCAUCUCGGCCGAGUUCCAAUUCUUCAAAUUCAGUGGCGAGAAGUUAUUCGGAACCAAGCUCGGGAACCCCCAUCUCCCCACGAUCUCCGUCAGCCGACGGGAGUUUUACCUCCUCCUCCUGACCUACGCCACCGAACUCGGCAUCCCCAUCGAAACAGGCCAAGAGGUUGAGGAUUUCUUCGAGAACGAGGAGCUUGGUGGCGUAGUCCUCACUGAUGGGAGCAAAUUGACUGCCGACAUCGUUGUGGCAGCAGACGGCGUAGGGUCCAAGUCCUGGGGCAUCGUGACCGGCACCAAGGAGAAGCCCAUCAGCUCCGGCUUCGCCGAGUUCUUCAAGGAUAAGCGGGAGUGGACGUCCCUUCACAUUGGUCCUGGGGCACACUUCUUCACCGGCUUGUCGCCGACGGAAUUCUGCUGGGGCCUGACGCACAGAGACGAAGACGCAGCCGUCGAAGACUGGAACCGCAUCGCUGACUCAACUGGCGCGUUCAAGUACGUCGAAGGGUGGACGCCCAUCGUGCACGAGGUCAUAAAGUCGACGCCCAAUAACCAGGCUACCGACUGGAAGCUACGAUUCCGCGAUCCCCAACCCAAGUGGGUGUCGGACGGAGGGCGAGUAGUGCAAUGCGGCGACUCGGCGCACUCGUUCCUGCCUUCUUCUGGGUUCGGUGCUACUACUGCCCUUGAAGAUGCCUUUUCUCUUGCUGCUUGUCUCAAGAUGAGCGGCAGGGAGUCUGCUGCUGUGGCCACCAAGGUGCAUAACAAACUCCGGUUCGAGAGAACCGCUUGCGUCCAGAAGAUUGGCUUCAAGUCCAGAGAGGCCUUCCAUCACACCAACUGGGACGAAGCUGCAAAGAACCCUCGCAGCAUCGCCAAAUUUACGGGAUCGUGGCUGUUAAAACAUAAUCCUGAGCAAUACGCAUACGAUAACUACGAGGCUUGCGCAGCGCAUUUACUCCAUGGAAGUGAGUUCAAGAAUACAAACACGGUGCCAGGAUUUCCCUUCAAGCUAUGGACGGUUCAGGAGUUAUUGAAUAAGUCUGACAAGGGGGAGUCGAUUGACGAUGAUGAGGGAGACUGGUACUCUUGA